AUUAAAUGAUGAAGAAGUAAUUAGCAAAAUUACUGAACUGAGAAUUUGGCAAGAACACCAAAUAGCUGGUUUAACAGAGAGCUUUGAUGGCCGAGAAAAACAUAUAGGGCUCGAAAAACUCUGGAAAUACAAUCAAGCAAUGCUAACUUUAGUAAAGGGAGCAAAGAAUCAAUUAGUAAUUAAACCAACACAAGGUAGUUGGGGAACCAGAGAUAUAGCUCUUAGAUAUGCAGGAGAAGCAGAUGAUUACAUGAUGAUCAUUAACUUUGAUACAAGAGAGAUAAAGCAAGAUCUGCAAACAAGUAGUACAAACAAAUUAGCAUUAAUACCCCAAAAAGUGAAAGUCUCAGAAGACAAAUAUAAACUCGAUUGGAUACUAGUUAACAACAAAGAGAACAAGUCAGACAUUCAAAGAGUAGUUAGCAAGAGCAAAGAAGAAUUUCGCACAGAGAAGUGGUUAGUUAGUAAAGAAGAAAAAGGUAAAAUCAGAUUAGAUAAAGAAGUAAUUACGUCAAGCAACACCCAACAAACAGAGUGGAUUAAUAAGAAAAAAGUAAUCAUAGUAUUGCAAAGGCUUAGAAAGCAAAAUAGUAGUUAG